AUGCAUUUUAGGUACAUCUGCCCCAGCUUAGGAACCCCUUUAUUAGAAGAACAGGAAACACCAUCAAAGACACAGUCACUGUGCCCAUUAUUCGUGGGCAUGUUUGACGUAUGUACCUGCUGGAGCUAUCGCCAGGGUGAGGGGCCUUUCCCGUCUUGGAGCUCCUGGGAUGUGAGAAACUUCCUGUCCAGAAAGCAAGAGGAAGCCACAGCUAGCAAUGUCGUCGAACAUGAGGGGUACGAGGAGAGGACGUACCCCGCCCGGAAGUGGGUCUGCACCAGCGACACGGGCGACUCCGAGGACGAAAAUGGCCGAGACAGAGCCAUGUUCAAGAGGCUGUACAAAUACAUCAGAGGCAACAACAACAUGCACAAGAGACUGGCCAUGGCGGCGCCCGUGACGACCGAGGUUGCGACGGGCGAUGCGACCAACACUUAUGAGAUGUGCUUCUACCUAGGCGAGGAUCACCAGGCCAGCCCGCCCGCGCCCAACGAUCAGCUGGUCACCAUCCAGGACCGCCCGCAGAUCACUGUGUUCACCAGGACUGUCGGCGGAUACAUGCGGGACGACGAGGACUGGCUGACGGAGGCCGCCCGACUCGCCCAGAUCCUGGAGGCCGGCGGGGAGACCUUUUCCCUUGACAGUAUGUACUGGGUUGGCUACGACGCCCCCUUCAAGUUCUGGCACCGCCGGAACGAGGUCUGGCUCCUGAAGAACUAAGGAGAUGGGGGCAUCGAGCUCGCACUUUCACGGGGCACGAGCGCGUCACCAAGGGCAGGAUGAAGGCAUCGAAUACUCAAGGAAGAACCUUCAUUUUACUCAGAUCAUGUUUUGUAACCAAAUUAAUUCCUGACUGUACUCUUGCACCUGAGGUGUCUUGAAAUAUUACUCAACACGCUUGCUACUAUGACAUGAAUAUCUUUUGCGUGCCUUCUUUUAUUAGUUGUGAAAGCAGUCAUAAUUAUGUAAUUGCAGUUUAACGUGCGUGUAUA